AUGUCAUCCAGCAGAGCGAUGUUUCGCUCCGGCAUGAGGCCUGCCGCUAGGCUGCAGGCGCCGUGGGCACCGGUUUGGCCAUUCACGCGAUCUCAACGUUCGGGUGCCGUCCUGAGCGCCGUGACGAAGGCUUGGGAGAGCACGCUGACCGGAGACGAGCAGUCGGGCCACAUUGCCAAGUCGGAGAGCGAGGCAAUUAUUUUCUUCGACAACCUCUUCCCACUGAAGCUCACCCACCUCCUAAGGCGAUCAUGGUCGUCCGAGCGCAACCUGACUGAUCUACUCAAGCGUUUCGACAGCUCCAGCGGGGGCUUGGGUACGGAUCCGAUCAACCUGGUCAAACGAGCCAUUCCGAACGACCUCCCGAUCAAGAUUACAGAGAUUCUACCACAACUAAAGGAUGGAGGGGCCUUCGUUAAGUUCAGUCAUGGAUCCGACGUCUCGCCCAGAGAUAUUGAAAGCUCGCUCGCACGAUCUUUGGAGAAGCACCCACUACGACCGUGGUUUAACCCUUUCCGUAGGGUCAAGGCCGGCCUCGUCAGGGGCGUUCCGUGGCUAGAGGACCUUUAUAGGUUCCCGAAAAGCCGCGUUAAGGUCGAAUUCACGGGGAAGGAUGCGGAUGGCAAAGCCGUUGAGUUGUCGCAGGAAACCCUUUACAGUGUGUUCCGCCGUUACGGCAAAAUCGCCGACAUCAUCUCCCAACCGCCCGACUCGAAAAUCUUACCCAAAUAUGCAUACGUUGACUUUGCCCUCGUACGCGAUGCCAUCAUGGCAAGGAACUGCCUGCAUGGAUUCGUCGUUGACGAGGUGCUGGGCGGCGGGAAGCCGGGCACGAGGCUUAGUCUCUCGUACGAGCAGCGGGUCAAGCCGCACAACAUAUGGAACUGGCUUACCAGCCACCCCAGAAUAGUCAUUCCUGUCGUUGCAGCCCUCCUCGCUGCGAUCACCGUCGCUAUAUUCGAUCCUAUUCGCGAAUUCUUCGUCAAAGCGCACAUUCAACAUUCCUUCCGUCUGACGAAUAACAAGUUCUACAGAUGGAUCAAGAGCCAGACCUCCGAUAUCAUUUCGUCUUUCGGAGGCAAGAAGGCGGACAAGGCCGGGUUCAACGCCGUAUGGCAGCACCGGAAGGACCUAAUCGAACAGAUUCAGACCUGGCUUCUCGAAAGUUCGGACACGUUCAUCGUUGUCCAAGGCCCCCGAGGAUCCGGAAAGAAGGAGCUUGUUUUGGACCAGUCGCUGAAGGGACGGAAGAACGUCCUGGUAAUUGACUGCAAACCGAUCAUCGAAGCGAGAGGUGAGAGCGGGACGAUUAAGCACCUGGCCAACGCAGUGGGAUAUAAGCCAAUUUUCGCGUUCCUCAACAAUAUAAGCAGCAUGAUCGAUCUGGCGGUUCAAAGCACAACAGGAGUCAAGGCUGGAUUCUCUGAAACGCUCGAGUCGCAGGUGGUCAAGAUCCUUCACACGACUGCGGAAGCGCUCAAAAAUGUUUCCCUCGCGGAACGUGAUAGGGAUGGGAAAGAUGCCGAUCUAUCAGACGAUGCUUACUUGGAGGCUCGACCUGACAAGCGGGCUGUUGUGGUGAUUGACAACUUCCUGCACAAGAAUGAGGGCUCAAGCAUUGUCUACGACAAGGUGGCCGAGUGGGCCGCGGCCAUGGUCCAGAACAAUGUUGCCCACGUCAUUUUCCUGACGGAUGAUACGGCAUACUCGAAGUCUCUUUCGAAGGCUAUGCCGGACCGCGUUUUCCGACAAGCUGCUCUUGGCGACCUCUCCCCUGACGUUGCUAAAAAGUUCAUUAUCAGCCGGUUGGAAGAAGAUGAACUCGAAAAGGUGCGACAGCACUCAAAGGAAGCAAACGAGAAGACCGAAGACGUCGAACGAGACGAGAAGCCCGAUCUGUCAGAGCUCGAUUCGGCCAUUGGUAUCCUGGGCGGCCGCCUUACUGAUCUCGAAUACUUGGCGCGUCGUCUGAAGGGAGGCCAGAGCCCCCAGCGGGCUAUCGAGGAUAUCAUCAACCAGAGUGCGACGGAAAUCGUCAAGAUGUAUCUUUUGGACGGCAAAGACACAUUCGAGGGCAAGAAGUGGUCCAUGGAGCAGGCGUGGUACUUGAUUAAGGCACUUGCCUCACACGAUGCUCUCCGGUACCACGAGGUCCUCAUUUCCGAUACAUUUGCUUCGUCUACCACGGCAGGAGCCUCAAACGGCGAGUCGGCACUGGAAGGUCUGGCGAAUGCUGAGCUCAUUACUGUCGAUACACACAACGGUCGGCCGCAGUCCAUACGUCCCGGCAAGCCAAUGUAUAAAGCAGCUUUCAAUUUGCUUCUUAACGACCAUGUUCUCGGAGCCAAGUUAGACCUCGCCAUGCUCAAGGAGUUGACCAAGGUCGAAACCAAGACCAUUGAGAAGGUCGAGAACGAAUUAGCACUUCUGGGCAGCUUACCGAAGCAGCCUUCCCAAACUGGAGCUCGUGUAUCAUACUUGCUCUACAAACUUGAAGGAAGCCAGGUGAAGAUUACGAAAUACGAACAGGAGAUAGCGGCUUUGAAGAAGGUCCUCAAGCACAACUGUUAG